CAAUACAUCUUUGCAAUGUAUUUCUUUCUUUACACAUUGUUGCUUAUCUUUCAAAUUCAUGCAAAGGCAGAAAAGCCUCUUUGCCGAAUGAUGGGAGACCCAAAAUACCCGCUGUUAUCCAAGGAUGGAGAUAUUAUUAUCGGAGCACUUUUUUCAGUCCAUGGUAUAGAGUCAUUACCUUCAUUUGAGUUUACACAAAAACCUCUUCUUCUAUCAUGCUCAAGUGUGAGUCUAAGAGAUUUUCGAAUGGCUCAGACCAUGAUCUUUGCCAUUGAGGAGAUUAACCAAAGUCAAAGUUUGUUACCAAAUGUUUCUAUUGGCUACAAAAUUUAUGAUACCUGUGGUUCAAGACUGUCUUCAAUGAGUGCAACUAUGGCAUUGAUGAAUGGUCCAGAAUUUACAGCAAAAAACAGAUGCAAUGGACAGUCUCCUAUCCAUACUAUCAUAGGAGAAACAGAGUCUUCUGCUACUGUAAUUCUGUCCAGAACUACAGGACCUUUUAAAAUUCCAGUGAUAAGUCCUUCAGCCUCAUGUGAAUGUCUCAGUAAUAGGAAAGAAUAUCCUUCCUUCUUCAGGACUAUUGCUAGUGAUUACCACCAGAGCAGGGCAUUAGCUCACAUAGUAAAAUAUUUUGGCUGGUCUUGGGUUGGAGCUGUGAACAGUGACAAUGACUAUGGAAACAAUGGAAUGUCCAUAUUUUUGAAUACAGCCCAGGAGGAGGGAAUUUGUGUGGAGUACUCUGUGAAAUUCUAUCGAACAGAGCCAGAAAAACUACAAAAAGUGGUAGACACAAUAAAAAAAGGCACUGCAAAAGUAAUUGUUGCAUUUCUUACCAGUUCUGAAAUGUAUAAUCUGCUUGAGCAGCUAAGUAUUCAGAACAUUACAGACCUCCAAAUGAUUGGAGUUGAAGGAUGGAUAACUGCAAAGAGUCUGAUCAUUCCAAACAGUUUUCGUGUGCUGGGAGGAUCAUUGGGUUUUGGAGUCAGAAAAAUUGAUAUUGGAGGUUUAGCAGAUUAUGUUGUAAAAGCAUUCUGGGAAACAAUUUUUCCAUGCCCACAUGCUGAGGGGAAUUUUUCUCAAUAUGCAUUAAGUUGUAACAAAUAUCAGGAUCUACUUGCACUGAAAAACUACAAUGAAGAUGUGCCUGAACAAAGAUAUUCAAGCAAUGUCUACAAAGCAGUUUAUGCUGUGGCUCAUUCACUUCACAGUCUUCUCAAGUGCAAAGAACAAGCAGGUUGUGAGAAAGGCCUGACAAUAGAACCACACCAGGUUGUUGAGGUCCUGAAAAAUGUAAAUUUCACUAUAAAGAUGGGAGAUCGUUUGUGGUUUGACAGCACUGGUGCCGCAGUAGCGCAAUAUGAAGUUGUGAACUGGCAGAAAGACUCAAAUGGAUCAGUCCAAUUUAAACCAGUGGGAUACUAUGAUGUCUCACUUCCUCCUCAUCAGCGCUUUGUGCUUAAUACUAAAAACAUAAUCUGGGCUGGAGGAAAGCUAGAGAAGCCAAGGUCUGUCUGCAGUGAGAGCUGUCCUCCAGGCACUAGGAAGGCUACACAGAAAGGAAGACCUGUCUGCUGUUAUGACUGUAUUCCAUGUGCAGAAGGAGAAAUCAGUAAUGAGACAGAUUCAAAUAACUGCAAGCAGUGUCAAGGGGAAUACUGGUCUAAUGCUCAGAAAAAUAAAUGUGUGUUAAAGGCUGUAGAGUUUCUGUCAUUCAGUGAAGUUAUGGGUAUAGUGCUAGUCUUUUUCUCACUGUUUGGAGUAGGAUUAACUGUGUUUAUGGUAAUUCUUUUUUACAGUAAGAAGGACACCCCCAUAGUAAAAGCCAACAACUCAGAGCUGAGCUUCCUGCUGCUCUUCUCAUUGAUUCUUUGUUUCCUUUGUUCACUUACUUUUAUUGGUCGGCCCACUGAGUGGUCUUGUAUGUUGCGUCACACAGCAUUUGGCAUCACUUUUGUCCUCUGUAUUUCCUGUGUUCUGGGGAAAACAAUAGUAGUGUUAAUGGCCUUCAAGGCUACACUUCCGGGAAGUAAUGUCAUGAAAUGGUUUGGACCUCCUCAACAAAGACUCAGUGUUCUUGCCUUUACACUUAUACAAGUUCUUAUCUGUGUUCUUUGGCUAACAAAAUCACCCCCAUUUCCCUACAAAAAUUUGAAAUAUUAUCAUGAAAAGAUCGUUCUUGAGUGCAGUUUGGGUUCUAAAAUAGGUUUUGGGGCUGUUCUAGGUUAUAUUGGCCUACUGGCUGUCUUGUGCUUCAUUCUGGCUUUUCUGGCUCGCAAACUGCCCGAUAAUUUUAAUGAAGCUAAAUUCAUCACAUUCAGUAUGCUUAUAUUCUGUACAGUAUGGAUCACAUUUAUCCCAUCUUAUGUCAGUCCUCCUGGGAAAUAUACUGUAGCUGUGGAGAUAUUUGCCAUUUUAGCUUCAAGCUUUGGUUUACUUUUCUGCAUAUUUGCACCUAAAUGUUAUAUCAUUUUGUGUAAGCCUGAACAAAAUACAAAGCAACAUUUGAUGGGAAAAGGUUGCAUAUAG